UGCUUUCAAUCUGGAUUAAACCAAAACGAAGAAGGCGGACUACAACGUGUAACAGCUGACUGACUGUGUGAAAGCUGCUACUGUAACACUGCUUUCAACAUAGACCUUUGGCAUGGAGACUGAUAUUAUCGUCUCGCUGGAAGAUUUGGGCUACCAGGGCCCUCUGUUGGAGGAUGGGGCCCUGGAUUCUGCCGUCAUUGGAGGAGCGGCCUCCCCAGAGUUCACCAAGCUCUGCGCUUGGAUCAUCUCAGAGCUCAGACUGUAUCACAAGCUGGAGGAAAACGUCCACGCUACUAACUGUCCCAGUGAGGCAGAGGGCUUCCAGCUGGAGAUGAGUGGUCUUCUGUCAGAGCUGGCCUGCCCUUACAGCUCUCUAACCAGCGGAGACAUCACACAGAGGUUUCUGAGCAGAACUGACUGCCUGCUCCUAAUCACCUUUUUAGUGUCUGAGUUGGAGGCGUCGAGAAUGAUCCUGGUUAACAGGCCGCAGAAGAAAGCCCAGGAAUCUGGCAGCCCCGUGUUCCAGGAACUGAAGGGGAUCUGCAUGGCACUGGGGAUGUCCAAGCCUCCGUCCGACAUCACCAUGUUCCAGUUCUUUUCUGGAAUAGAGAAGAAGUUAAAAGAAGCUGUAAGUCGAGUUCCACCAAAUCACGUUGGAGACCCUCUGUUGAAGAAGCCCCUUGGACCUGUGCACAUGGAAAAGAUUGAGGCUAUUAACCAAUCUCUUGUAAAUGAGUAUGAAGUGAGAAGAAAGAUGUUGUUGAAACGUCUUGAUGUAACUGUACAGUCCUUCGGCUGGUCUGAAAGAGCAAAGGUCCAAGCUGAGAAGUUGAGCAAAGUGUACCAGCCACUGCGUUCUGCUCUCCUCACCAAAAGUAACAUUUCUGUCGCUCACCUUCUUGCGGCAAGACAAGACUUCUCGAAGAUCCUUCGUACAAGCAGUGGCAAGAUAAGAGAGAAGACGGCCUGUGCCAUUAAUAAGGUUCUGAUGGGCCGAGUGCCGGACCGGGGUGGAAGACCGUGCGAGAUAGAGCCUCCACCUCCAGAGAUGCCGUCCUGGCAAAAGCGUCAGGAUGCCCCUCAAGGUGGAGGGCACUACAGCGGGGGACACGGUGGCGGGAGAGGGGGCUAUGAUAACUUUUCAUACGGUGGCCGUGGAGGCUACGAAAGAGGAAGUGGAGGGGGACACGAAGACAGGGGAGGCAGAAUUGGUGGUGGCAGAGGGGGGAGGGUGCAGGGAGGCUGGGGAGAUGGAAGUGGAGGGGGCAGAGGUGGGUACAGCCAGGCUCCCCACCAAGAAGCAGGAAAUUAUCACGGAGGAGGAGGGAGAGGAGGUUACACAGGAGGAGGAGCCAUCCUCGGAGGCUUCCAGGAUCAGGGCUUUCACGGAGGAGGCGGGGGUUACCACAACAGUUAUAACCAGGACGGGGGCUGGCACCAAGAAAGAGGCGGGGGCCGUGGAGGACGAGGGGGCAGAGGAAGAGGUGGGAGAGGAGGCCAAGGAGGUGGCUGGGGGGGUAGAGGAGGUCAGAAUUUUAAUCAAGGAGGACAGUUUGAACAGUUCUUCCAACACGGAGGGCAGCAGUACAACCAAUCUGGCUUCAGUCAAGGCAGAAACUACACCAGUUGAAGAUGCAGUAUGGGGGCCAUUGCAGCAGAGAUCAGAUCAGCACUGAAUCCAUGAACCUCAGUGACAAAGCCUUAUCACCUGUGUUGCAGUUUCAGCAAAACAAAACAAGGAUAUUAAGCAAGAAAUAUGUACACUACAUAGUUUUAUUUACAUCACAUAUUCUCUAUGGACUGUUAACUCGUCGAGGUAAUCUUUUGCAUCCUGUUAUGUUUUCAUGUUUGCCUUACUAAUAGAUGUUGAAGCCCCACAGCUCUAUUUUAAAUAGCUGGUCUCUGCUGUGCUGAUCUGACUGGGAUAGCAAAUCAGCCUCACUGAAGGUUCUUCCUGGAUGCAGAACGCGUUCCUCAUGUCAGUGUUUGCGCGCCUACUGUGUACAGUGCACGUCAGUACUACACGUAGGUUUCACUGAAUUAGAAGAUUACUUGAAAGUGGUGUAAAUUUUCCAGUCUACAUUUAAUUUCCGUAUGUUUGGGUGGAAUUUCCUAUGUUACUUAUUUAAAAGAUGCCAACUUGUAAAGCCGUGUGGAUACAGCUAUAAAUGUUGGAAGGUUUGUACGGAUGUGUGAAUGAGGAAUAAAAGUUUCAAAGGUCGUACCACG